AUGUUCGGUCCCUGGAUGUCAAUUAUUGGAAUGUGCAAGAGGCCGAUGAAGAACGCUAUCCCCGGAGAUUUAGGUUUGAUGACGGUCUUGUACGCAAACUUGUCAGCGAAAGACAGAUAUUUCGAAGACGGGCUGGCUGAAUGGCUGGAAAAUUCAAAUUUGACAACGGCGGUGGGUGGCUGGGGAGGAUUUCCAUCCUAUCACAUGAAUCCCAUUUUCACAUUCCCGUCAGUGCGCAAAGUGGCCUACAACAGGUUCCUAGAGUAUGAGAAGGACGAAGAAGACGCUUUUAAGCCUCUGGAGCGGAUUUCACUCUCGCCAUAG